AUGACCAGAGGUUUGUGGAGACCCAUCACAGCAGGUUUCGGCUUCUCGAACAUUGAGAAUUCCACGGUUUCUGCGUUUCCUGUGUGUUCCGUCGAGCGGACAUUCUCGACGGUGGCGAAAACGGACUCUACAUUUCAUUUGAUUUCUGUUGAUGACCAUUCCAACGGUACCGCCGGCAUGCUGUUCCUCGAGCGAUGUGGGCGGCGAAAUUCGGACCCUGCAACCUCCUCGUGGUGCCGCCUGGGAACCUGUCCUUUCCAGUGA